AGGCUGGAGUUAGCUGCAAUAUUAGCUUACUGCCGCUGUGGUAAAGUGGUUAUCUGUCAGCUAGCUGCUAGUAGCAGCUGCCAAAAGUGAGCUGUCCACACAGCGAGAGGCAAAACUUCGCCAACUUCGAGACGUUUUCUCUGUCAACCGCUGGAUUUUAGGUUCUAUUUGACAAGCCAAUGGAUUUAUUUACAUCAUGAUGUCGCACAUGCUGGGACCGAGGUAGGGAAAACUAGCUAACAGCAGCUAACUCAGCUAGUCGGCGAGAAAUACACAAUAUCGCUGAGAGACAAGAGUGGGCUACGAGACCGGGCCCGCCUCAGACUAAAGUGCCGGUGGCAGCUGCUGAACAAGAACUUUGACAAGGGCCUAUUUGCAACUCCGCUGUCGGGAUACAAGGAGGGCCGAGCGGGUGUCAGAGAGGCCGAGUAGGAGAGCAGCAGUCCCCCGUGUGCUGUGGCCGGACACCGCGGAACGUUUCGGGAGUUUCGUAGGGUCUGGCCCCGGUUGUGACACUUUUCUCCGACGAGAGAGAGGAAGAGGAACGUUAUGGAAAUGUCUUGUGACGGUACGUGUCUUUGUCAUAUCCCUCUGCUGUGAAUUACUUCGCAAGACAUUAGUCCAGCACUUCGUUUCAUCUGGGAGCAGACUUGACGCAGAUAGUCAACAUGUCGAAAAUGCCAGCGAAGAAGAAAAGUUGCUUCCAGAUCACGAGUGUAACGCAGGCUCAGGUGGCAGCCAGCAGCAUCACCGACGACACCGAGAGCCUGGACGAUCCGGACGAGUCCCGGACAGAGGACGUUUCGUCAGAAAUUUUUGACGUUUCUCGGGCCGACAUGGGUGUGUGUGAGAGGAGUUCAUCCGAGGAAACUUUAAACAACGUUGGGGAGCCACAGGAGGGCCAGCCGCCUACCACGGCUCCUGUCAACGGGGGACUAUCAUAUAAAAGUAUUGGCACUGGUCGUGUCACCCCACAUAAUUUAGGAGGAAGUGUGCCUGUGCCAGCUACAGCUCAACCCUUUGUUCCAAGCUCAGCCACCCAUCCGUCGACAGUCAUCAAUUCAGUCCCUGCUGCCACUGCCUCUGCCAAUGUUGCCCACACUGCUCCUGUGAGUACCAGCUGUAGUUCCCGUUUCCGGGUCAUUAAACUUGACCAUGGUAUUGGAGAGCCCUUCAGACGGGGCAGAUGGACAUGCACUGAGUUCUAUGAGAGAGAUUCAGAUUCAAAUGUUAAUCGAACUGUGGAUAGCAUAAAGCCAACUGUAACCCUUGAUCACAGUAUCGACAGGGACAGUGGGCUUGGGACCACUGUUAACUCUGUGGUCACUAGCAGUGCUUUUUCUGCACAGACUUUGGAGAGCACCCUGGACAGUGGUUACUCCGUUGGGCACCUGACCCACGCCCACCCCUCAGAGCCUCUGCAGCAAGGCUACAGCUUGACUCCUCAGAUAGGGAGCGGAGCAAGUGCCUUCCAGCCCACAGGGUAUACAACUACAGCAUCACAGCAACCACAACAGGCUCAAGUCAAUAUGCAGCCUGUUGCUCCCCAAACCUUCCUCUCUAACAGCCUCAAUGGUGUGCACCAAGGUGCCAUGCAGCAGAAGUCUCCCAUUAUGCCUCCUGCCACGCAGGCCCAGCAGUUUGCCUAUUCUAGUCAUCCCACUGGCCUCACAGCUGGCCAGCCAGACUAUCGUCAGCAGCACUUUGGCUCAAGCACUCAGAACCUUCCUAUGUCAGCCCUCCCUGUGGGGCCUCCGACCAGCCAGGUACCCUCGCCUCUAAUUACCAGUACUGGUCCAGGAGCCCAGGGACUGGGCGGAGAGGCAGGCUCAGCACAGGGCCUCCUGCUACAAGUGGGCAGUGUAUCAGCUAUGGCCCCCAUCCUUCCAGGAAGUGGCCAACAGCAGCAUGUCAGCCAGACACAGCCUUCAGGAGGGAUAGGCAUUGCCCUUGCACCUUCCACGACCACCUCCCACAGCGGUGUCCAGAACGCGCUCGCCACAGUGCCCAAUACCACCAACACCCCUCCGGGUGGGGGACUUGUCCAGCCACAGGGAGCCCAUGGAGGAGCCACAACAGGCCUUCCAUCUGGCUUCAGUAACCAGGCAGAAGAUAGUAGGCAGAAGUCUGAUGCCCUACCUCAGCCCAGUGUCGGUGUGGUGCCAGGGAAAGAUGGUGUGAAGCCUUUCAUUGGCGAGGGCCUCAACCUACCCACUCCUGCUGUCAACAGCCUGUUUGGCAUCCACAUUACCAUGAAUGUGGAUGAGGACAGUGCAUCCGGAGCCAGCGUCGUCGCCAUCGAUAACAAGAUUGAGCAGGCGAUGGACUUGGUGAAGAGCCAUCUGAUGUAUGCUGUUCGUGAGGAGGUGGAAGUAUUGAAGGAGCACAUCAAGGAGCUGUACGAGAGGAACUCGGUCUUGGAGAGAGAGAACGCUGUGUUGAAGUCGCUGGCCAACUCGGAGCAGCUCGGCCAGCUGUCCAGUCAGCUCACCCAGGGCAGCAGCACGCCACCACCGCCGCCGCAGCAGCAGCAACAACACCCACUCGUCACAAACAACAACACCCCUCCCUUGGCGCACCACGAGGGGAAUCACAGUAUCCCUCAUCAGCCUAACAUCACGUCGGCGUGAUCCCCCUUCCCCCAGUACACACGCUCAAACACACAUCACCCACGGACAGGAGUGGAAAAUCCUGUCAGUAAAGACAACGACUGCUACCGUCCCCUUAGCUCCAUAAAGCAAAAGGCUCGAGUCUGCGUUCAAUUUGCUCCAUCUGAGGAAAAAUCAACAACAGCGACAUCUUUGUUUGCCACCAAGAGCCAUGCUUCAGUGCGUGCACGUUGCCGUCACCAGGCCUUCACAUUAUUAAGACAUUUACCAGCCCUUGAAAAGUCUUAUUCUGUCCCUGUGGUUGGCUGCAAGAAAGGUGAAAAAGGAGGGGCAGGCGGGUGCACACCAUAAAACUGCUGCAUGCUGUUCUUGUGCAGGAGACGGGGGUCAAAGGGCACAGAGAGCUCGAUUUGUUGGGCCAACAAGUGGUGGAAGAGGGUGUUGCCAUCCCUGCGAGGGCCCUGACCAAGGUCCUGUAACAUCCAGCGGGGAUUGUCCUCCGGCAAUCCCCACCCCACAUCACUCUCUGGCCCGAAAGAUGCCAGAGAACCAAGGGGGGGCAGUGGGGGGAGAGCAUUCGUCCCCCCUGAGCGGGGGACGACGCCAGCCAGCGGGCACCUCGGCUUGAGUUCAGCGAGUCGAGAGCUUCGGCUUGUUAUAUGCUGCAACAAAAGCUUGUGUUGUUUUCUCAGAGCCACCGUACUUUGACAUGAAUCAUAAUACUUUUACAUUAGUUCAGUUUUAGUAUUUGCAUUUAUUUAUUUCAGGGCUGCUAUUUUCAUAAUGUAAAUGAACAAUGUCAUGGAGAUACUUAUUAAAAACAAAAAAGAAACCUUUCUCUUUGGUCUUUUGGUAUUUUAGAAUCUGUCAGGUAUUAAAUUUGGUCGUCUCUUGCAACAGGUAGAUCUCAGUAAGUAGGCAAUAAGUUCCACAAUAGAAAUUUUUCUCUUCAUGAAAUAGAGCUAACACUAAAGCCGAGCUUACAUUAGGUGAAAUCCAGGUUGAAUGUAUAUUUUGUAAAGUGUAAAGUAUUAAGAGAAAGGAGGGUUUGUACAGGAGAACACCUGUUGUUAAGAUGUGAUGGGAUGUUUCGAUAAAGAAAACUAUUAAUUUACUUUUUUUUUUAGACUUUCUUUGUCAAAAUAAAACAAAUUAAUUUGGGGGUUUGGUUGGGGGAUGAAAAGCUGUGAAAAUUGUUCGACCUACUUUAUAACCAAAGACGCAAAGCUGUGUAAGUCUUUUUUUUUUUCCAUUUUUAAAUGCACACUCAUACUUUUUUCUACUCUCUCCUUCCCUAUAUAUUUUUUUGUCGCUGUUUUGCAUGUUCUGCAUGAUCUAUAAUCAAACCACUUUCUUACCUCAUGUUUUUAUCUAGCACUCUUUAUUUUUCUGUCAAGUCGUCAGUCUGUGAAUGAUCGUGGAAGGAUUAACGAAAGAGAAAGGGAACAAUGGGCAGAGAGGGUGGAGGAAGUAGACGGGGGUAUGAAUAAAAAAAGAAAGGAAAGGUGUUUGUGGCGGAUGGAGCGGAGGGCCUUGUGCACAAAACAGUAGUCAGAAAAGGAGCCAUCUUUUUUUUUUUUCAUGUUAAUGCUGUGUUGAGUUUCAUAUGCAGAGAAAAGGUUUUGUUACAUUUGCAGGUUUUAAUGUAUUUAAUGAAUGCAGCAUUUAGAUUUCGAUUGUAGUGUACCAACACUUUGCUUACAAAGAGAAAAAUAAAACUAGACAACAUUAUCCGCAGGAAAAAAAACGAAAACAAUGGAAACUCUUAGACAUUUCACACUUCGAUUGUGUGUCAGAGCAUAUUAUGGGAUGUCCUGUCUGUGUCACGUAUUUUGUGCCUCCUGUGCCGUCGUCUGCUGUCGUCAGGCGAUCCGGUUUCUUUCUCUGUGGCUUAGAACCAAACCAAAAUGCUUGGUAAUCGUACAAUCAGUCAUCUUUCUACAGGAUGGACUCUUUGAUUUCUUUUCUUUUUGCAAAUGGGCUUAUUUCUUGUCUCCUUAGAGUAUUUUUUUUUCCUUUGUUUUUCUUUCGUUUGAAGGAGAUGCCGCGUACAUGCCAAGUGUACUGUAUGAAAGUGAUCACUGAGCCUUGGAGAAAAUAUCUUAACAAUGCCCUUGUAAUGUGCUGUUCAGACAAUUUUAGUUUUCAGUCAAAAAUAAAUUACUGUUUUAUUAAGAAAAUGUCUU